GCCGGCCCUCUCAGCCUCACAGCCGCUCAGGAAAGCCUACCUGCCUGCCUUUUGAGUGUCUUCUCACAGUCGCAUCAGCCUACAGCCGGAGAACAUGGGCAGACAGAAGGUGUAUUUGGACAAAUUGUCCCGGUUCUUCCAGAUCCGUAACCUGUUGCUUCGGCAGGCUCUGGCAGAGUGUCUCGGCACCCUCAUCCUUGUGAUGUUUGGCUGCGGUGCUGUGGCCCAGCUGGUUUUGAGCGGUGGUUCUCAUGGCAUGUUCCUCACUGUCAACUUUGCAUUCGGCUUUGCUGCCACCUUAGGCAUCCUGGUCUGUGGCCAGGUAUCAGGUGGCCAUCUGAACCCCGCCGUGACCUUUGCCCUCUGUCUUCUCGGAAGAGAGCCCUGGAAAAAAUUCCCCAUGUACUUCCUCUUUCAGACAAUCGGUGCUUUCUUUGGAUCGGCCAUCAUUUUUGGCAUGUACUACGAUGCCCUUUGGGAUCAUCCUGGGAAUUUCAAUGUGACUGGGCCCAGGUCCACAGCCGGCAUCUUCGCCACCUACCCUGGAAAACAUCUCACCAUUGUCAACGGCUUCUUUGAUCAGAUAAUUGGCACAGCAGCUCUUAUAGUCUGUAUCCUGGCUAUUGUGGACCCGUACAACAACCCCAUACCGCAAGGGCUGGAGGCCUUCACUGUGGGAUUUGUGGUUCUGGUCAUUGGCCUGUCUAUGGGCUUCAACUCAGGUUAUGCUGUCAAUCCGGCCAGAGACCUCGGACCACGUAUUUUCACUGCCAUGGCCGGGUGGGGCGUUGAAGUUUUCACGGCCAGAAAUGGAUGGUUCCUGGUGCCCAUUUUUGCCCCAUUCCUUGGCACCAUUAUCGGUGUGGUAAUCUAUCAGAUGAUGGUUGGCUACCACCAGGAGGGAGAAGUGCGUGACCAGAGCGAGAGGGAUGAGCAGGAAAAUGUCCGACUCACAAAUGUCAACACCAACAACUCCAAAGACGGGCACUGAGUGUGUUAGAGAUUAGGCCUCGCGUACUCUAAAAGAAGCAUAUUUUGUAAAUACAGACACACGCCAGCAUUUUUUCUUUUACACAACUGUGGAAGCCACAAAUGGGCCUGUUUGUUUUUCAACCACGUCUACAGCUGUUGGGACAACUCCCGGGACGGCUGUGUGUACGCGAAAACAGGCCACCCUCAUAACUUUAUCAUGUGAUUGUAUUUCACUGUAGAGCAAUAGUUGUAUAUGAGGGUAGAGGAAAGAAACGCAACUUUAGUAAACCCAGAAUUACAUUAAUUCUUUUAAGAACACAAACAUCUGGAUCGUAGUGUCCGUAGCACUCAGAUUGAACAGUAUUGUAUACUUUAUAUUAAACGUUUUAUAUCACUUUUUAAUAUGUGCAUCUUUCCCAAACAAUUUCAAUUCAUUUUGUCAUUUGCCCAGAGCCGUUAAAUGUUGACACUGUCAAGAAAUAGGGGAAAUGUAAAUUUCAAACUUAAAACCCAAUCGCUGUGAGAGAAAUCUCGUCAUCUAAGUGGACUACGUCAACUCUGCUGUUCAGAGCUGAAGGAUCUUGGUGAGGAUACGUUAUUCCUGCAUUCUUCACUUUACGACUGCUAUUUUAAACAACUAUAUCAAAGUUGCUGUUUGUUAUGUCCUAUCCCUUUGCCCUGUGAAAGCCCAAACCAGCAGUUCUGAAACAAGCUGACUAACUACUGUGACAUUUCAUCAGCUUGCAAACUUGUCGUAUAAACUAAAUGUCAUCGGAAGCGAUUGUACCCAUUCGACUAUCAGGCCCAAAACUCUUGUGUUCACUUAGGCCUGUUGAUGCGUUACGCUUGUAUGUUGAGUAUGACUCCGGGGUUGGCUGCUGAACGGGACUGUGAGCACCUUUAUUUUGUUUGUAUGUAAGCUGAGGGGAAAUGCUUUUGAAUGGAUAAAAUAAAGUUCUGAUUUUUAUUGUC